AUGACAGACAACACCUCCUCGUCCUCGUCGGGCGGCACCAGCAGCAGCUGGGUCCCACCAGUGCCCGCGCCCCUCCAGCGCCUGUUCGACGCCGUGCCCCUUGUCACCUACGGUCCCAACCAGCUGCCCUACCGCUCGCCUGGCCCCUCGGAGCUGCCCAUCCUUCAUGUCUUCAUCUCGGAGCACGAUGCUGCCCGGGGCGCCCCCAGCUUCAACCCCUCGUGUCUGAAGUGGCAGACCUUCCUACGAAUAGCUGGCGUCAAGUUCCACCUCAAGCCCUCAACAAACCACGCCUCGCCCACCGGCGCCCUCCCCUUCCUGCUCCCCCCUCUAUCCGCCCUCGCCCCGACCACAACAACACCAACAACAACAAAAGCCGCCACCACCAGCAGCAGCGACAAACAUGCCCGCCUCGACGGCAGAAGCACCCAGCCCAUCCCUUCCUCAAGGCUAGAAGCCUACGCGUCCCGGCACGGCGCCCUCCCGCCCGCGACCGUGACCCCGCAGGCGCCCACCCCCCAGCUGCAGUCGCAAUCCCGCCGCCGCCAGGCCUACGAGUCGCUGGUCGACGGGCCCCUCCGCACCGCCUGGCUCUACGCCCUGUACCUGUCCGCGCCCAACGAAGGCCUACUGCGCCGCUGGUACGUCGACCCGUGCUCGCGCUCCGCCCUCGUCCGCGACGCCCUGCUGCGCCGGCUGCGCGCUGCCGCCAGGGCCGAGGUUGCCAAGUCUGCCGAGGCGACUACCACCAAUAGCGGGGUUGGUGGUGGUGCUGGUGGUGGGUCUGGAAAGGCUGGCUGGAAGCUGGAGGGCAACGUCGGCGACCUGCUCGCCUGGGCCCUGGGCGGGACCGCCGCCAUCGACCCGGAGCGCAUCUACGCCGACGCGCGGCGGGCGCUCGACGCCCUCGAGACGCUGCUGUAUGCCGGUGCUGAGCGGGAGGCCGUUGAUGGCCGGGCUGGGAGUGGGUGGUUCUUUGGCGCGCCGCACCCGACGCUCUUCGAUGCUGCCGUCUUCAGCUAUGUUUACUUGAUCCUGCACGGCGCGCGGGCGUCCUCGGGUGGUGGUGGUGGUGGUGAGGAUUUCCAUGGCGGCGAGCCGUGGGGUGAUGAUACGCUGCGGCGGAUCGUACUGAAGUGCCCACGGCUCGUUGGCCACGCGCGGAGGAUACUCGAUUCGUACUGGGGGGAUCUGGGUGAGGGCGGUUGGGCUUCGCUCGAUCAAUAG